GGCUGCAGAUGUAUAGCAAGCACUUUGUCCAGUCACCUUCCAUUUUCGCUCUAAUCUCGUCUCUAAAUCCAGUUCGAUUGAACUAGAACCGCGAUAUGGCCGUAGGUGGAGCUGAGAAGUCAAAGAAGGUGGUGGUUGUGGGCGGCGGGAUCGCCGGAGGUAUCAUUGCGAAGACAUUGCAGUCACAGAAUGAAGUAAUGCUAAUCGACCCCAAGGAAUACUUCGAGAUACCAUGGGCGCAGUUGAGAUCAAUGGUGGAGCCAUCAUUUGCAGAUAGAACUUUGAUAAAGCAUUCUGAGUACUUAACUGAUGCUACAAUCAUCACAUCGCAUGCAACCAAGGUAACUAACUAUGAGGUACAGACAGCAGAUGGCCGAGCUUUUCCAUAUGAUUAUCUUGUCAUAGCAACUGGCCACCCUGGUUCUAUUGCAGUAAACAGAAAGGAUAGACUCAGACUUUUUCAGCAAGAUUACGAAAAGAUCAAGUCAUCGAACUCCAUUUUAAUCAUUGGUGGUGGUCCAACUGGUGUGGAGCUUGCCGGAGAGAUCGCUGUUGAUUUUCCAGAGAAGAAAGUCACCAUUGUGCACAAAGGGUCAAGGCUUAUAGAAUUCAUAGGCCCAAAAGCUUCCAAAAAGGCGCACACUUGGCUGAAAAAGAAAGGGGUGGAGGUGAUUUUGGGACAGACCGUCGACCUGGAAUCUGUAUCAGGAGGUGGAGUUUAUGAGACAUCGCGUGGAGAGAAGAUCACCGCUGAUUGCCAUUUUGUUUGUGUGGGCAAGCCGUUGGGAUCAUCAUGGCUGCAUGAUUCUAUCUUAAAGCAGUCUUUGGACAAGAAGGGGCAGUUGAUUGUUGAUGAGAACUUGAGAGUGAAAGGACGUGAUAACAUUUUUGCUAUUGGAGAUAUUACUGAUGUCCCCGAGCUGAAGCUCGGAUUUCUUGCAGAGAAACACGCCUCAGUGGUGGCGAAGAACUUGCAGUUAUUGAUAAAGGGAGCUCCUGAGAAGAAGCUUGCGAUCUAUAAGGCUUCCCCGCCCAUCGCGAUGGUUUCGUUGGGAAGAAAGGCGGGAGUUGCUCAGCUUCCCUUUGGUACAAUCUCUGGAUGGUUUCCAGGAAAGAUCAAGUCGAAAGAUUUGUUUGUGGGGAAGACGAGGAAGACCUUGGGACUUGAAUCCGCGUAAUGGCAUCGCCAUAGCUAUUGUGUAGUUCGUGAUAGUUUUAUGUGUUUAUAUUGAGCUAAAAUGAUGUGAUUUCUUGCUUUCUUCUUCUGUGCUUGCUGUGUGUGUGCAUGUGCGUUUGGGUAUGUUUUGAUUUUGCUACCUUCGGUUGAAUGUUUUGUUUUUUUGCUGUUGUAAAUCAGCUAUGUAAAUUGUGUUGUUUUUAUAUGAUCAAUGAAAAGUAGAGUAAUGUUUUAAA